GGACGUGUGUAUCAGACUACAGUGUGUGCUGUUUUGUGGUGUGGCUGUUCAAUCAAGCUGAAUGCCUCGCGGCAUAAAAAGCGGUGCCUGUUUGUCGUAUCGGCUUAUGCCCCGACGGACUGCAGUUCUGAUGCGGAGAAGGAUACUUUCUAUCGAGAGCUAUCCAGGCUCAUUCGUCAGGCAAAAAGCACUGACAUUGUGAUCCUUGCAGGCGAUUUGAAUGCUCAACUACAACCAGUGUACGACCAGUACGCGGUUCCUACAGCUGACAAUGAUGAUGAUGAUGAUGAUGAUGUGUGGCUGUGGGGUUUGGCCUGUUCUAGCAACAGAACGGAGACAUCUUCGGGUCUUCGCUCGCAGAAAUCUUCGAACCCUAAAGAGGAAAGUAAACCCAACUCCUCCACAGCCACAUCUUUGGACCCUGUGCCUAACUGUGAUACGGCCGAAACGGCUGCUUUGAAUGGAGACCAGUCCAAUAAACCGAGUAUUCAACAAGAUAGUCUGAACAAAAUCAUAACCAAGAAAGUCAAAAUCGUUGACCCUGGCCCUGCUCAUGAGGUCGAGUCAGAUGAUGAAGAUUCCCUCUCACAGGCUGGUUCGUUGGACCGAACUGGGUCUGCGGGCAUUGGCGAGGCUGCACCAAUGUUGGCCAGUGGUCAGCCAACAGAUUUGCAGACCAUUGCUGCAGCUGCCGAGCGGAAAAAGACAAAGGAAGAAAGGAAAAAGGAAAGAGAAAAGAAGAAGGAAGAAGAAAUGUUGAAAAAAUAUCAGGCAGAACAAGAAGCCAAACAGCGUGUCUCUGCUAAAUCUAAAUGUGGUCGGUGGAUCAAACAUAACCUUAAGAGGGAGCACGUGGACACUAAAGAAAAACGCCAACAAAUGUUCAAAGAGACCGAAAUCAUGCUAAAAAUGAAUCAUCCUCACAUUGUUCGGUGUUUCGAUGUUUUCCGCGAAUGGAUAGAUAUGGAGGACCCGAACAAUCAGAUCGAGGAGAAGGGUGUGGUGAUUAUUCAGGAGUUAAUGGGUGAAGGAACAUUGAAAAGUGUUAUCCGGAAGAAUUUUCUCGAGGGACAGUGUAUUCUCAAAUUCCCCCUGAUCACUCGUUGGUGGCACCAGAUAUUGGAUGCCCUUCGCUAUAUGCACCACAAAAUACAGCCACCUAUCUUACAUCGAGACUUGAAGGCGGACAAUUGCUUUCUGUACGGUGCGUCAGAUGAAGAAUACCUCAAUGUCAAAGUAGGCGAUUUUGGCUUGGCUACGCACGUCAAUAAUAGCGGGCGCAAGACAAUGCUUGGCACACUGGGUUUUAUGGCUCCGGAGAUAUUUGACGAAAAAUAUGACGAGAAGGUCGACAUUUACGCUUUUGGUAUGCUCAUGCUUGAGGUGAUGACAAAUCGUACACCGUACGAUGAAUGUGAGACAGUGAUGCAAGUCGCGGCCAAGACAAUGUCAGGACAAGGUCCCGAUAUCAUGGAUAAAGUACUCAACCCCUCACUCCGUGAAGUCAUUAGCGCCUGUAUACAACCACUGACCUGCUUUCGUCCAUCCGCAGAGGAAUUGUACUUCCAUCCACUUUUUCAGCGCUAUCAAGAAGGUGACGACUCCUGGCCAAAAACCCUCCCGGUCGAAGUAGAACCCAAUUACGACAAUGCCACUGACCGUGCUGAAGUUUUGGAUCGUUUUGUACGUUCACUAGACGUCGCAGAAACCCGCAACCCGAAUUUCAACCUUCGAUUGCGAUUUCGGGACAAAAAGAUGCUUCAAGAACUAGGUUUGGACGAUGGUGAAUCGCUGGAAUUUGAUUUAGAUAUCUACAAGGCCGAGGAUCAAGAUAUACCGGAUUUGAUACACAAUCUGCCAAAAACCCUCCCGGUCGAAGUAGAACCCAAUUACGACAAUGCCACUGACCGUGCUGAAGUUUUGGAUCGUUUUGUACGUUCACUAGACGUCGCAGAAACCCGCAACCCGAAUUUCAACCUUCGAUUGCGAUUUCGGGACAAAAAGAUGCUUCAAGAACUAGGUUUGGACGAUGGUGAAUCGCUGGAAUUUGAUUUAGAUAUCUACAAGGCCGAGGAUCAAGAUAUACCGGAUUUGAUACACAAUCUGAGAUUGGGUUACGAAGACAAAUUAUGGCGCGUUUUUGAGAACCCGAAGCAACCGGAUAAAAAAAUUGUCUCCAGCCACUUGGACAAACUGUUCAACAGCAUUCGUCUUCAAAUGCAGUUUCUUGUCAAAGUCCUUCUUGGGAAGCGUUGGAAAGCAAUCUUAGACUCACUGGUGGAUGAACCCCGGGUUUCUCGAAAGAAAGAUGGCCAAUCAACCCUGGAUGAGGACGAUGAUAGUGAUACGGAUGGAAGAGAAACAAGCAGCUUCACUAUCAUUGGGAAGUAUAAGGGCAAAUGGAGCCGAGCGAAGAGGCUGUUGGAUCGAGAGAUUCAGGCCUACAGGAACGCCACAGCUGGGCACCCGGUAACCAGCAAUCCAGCAAACGUUGGUCCGAAAGUUGCACCGGUACCGACGAGUACAUCUAAUAUGCCCACCAGUUUACAGCCGGAUGCUGUUGUCUCUGGUGGGACUCUCACACCAAAUGUGCAUCCACCUGUGCAUCCGAGUACAACCCCAGUUCCCACUAGCAAUGUGCAAACUUCUGUUCCCGAGGCCGUCGAACCAAGUCCUGUGCAAUCGAAUGUGGCUACGAUUGGAAAGUUUAGUAUUUCAACGCCACCAUCAGCUUCCGGAGCACCACCCGCAGUUUCUCAAAGCACCAUCCAACCUCAAACUGUACAGUUGCCUUCUGAAACGAUACAAACUCCUCCCCUCGCAGAGCACAUAGGCCUACAACCUUAUCCUUCGAACGAAGCCAACCUCUAUCAAAAUACUGCACAGGGGUCAGUGUCUACCGCCGUACAGAACCCGAACCCUGAGAGUGGUUUAAUACCGGUGCGACUCCAUCCGGACCAGAAUGUUACACAACUCCCUGUAAUGCAAACACCACUGUCGGCGAACCCAAUCAGUGGGCAUCCCACUUCAGGUAACCAGAUUCCUCCAAUGACUGCUCCACAACCACAGACUUCACAUUUGCCCAACCUUCUUCCCACAUCCACAAAAACAGAUUCGGAGUCCGUCGCAGCGGUAGAUUUAGAUAGCGUGACACGCUCUGCUUUGUUACUACAACAGGUACUUCAGGGAAUCUCCGUGCCACCACUGAAGCCCUUUUCUGAAGGUUCGGCUGCGCAAACAGGGCCCAACAGCCCUGCCUACAGUUCUUCGGUUGCUCAGCCCAGUCAGUUUCCCAACCAGUUGCAACAACAACAGUCGAUGACGGCACCACAAACACAACAACCAGUGCUCACUGAUGGGGCAACAGCCCCGGUGGCGAUAUCGCCAGCUACCGCCGGAUCAGGUUCAAUUCCCAGCCACUACAUAUCACCGGAAGCUUUGAUACAAAGCCUUACUGCGGGUCUGCUGGGUCCAACAACACCGGAAAUGCAGCAGUUACAGCAACCUGUUGUCCAGUCGUCUUCUACCCAAGGAAUGUCAAGCAGCAUCAGUGCUGGCCAGAUCGCCACUGGAGCUCCCGCUAUCCCUAUGACUGAUCAACAGGCAUUACUUGCUGCCAGUAUGCGCGGCCAACCCCCAGUUUUAGGUGGAUCGGAUGUUGCAUCCCAGCCUGAUCUGGACGCCGCCGUAAAGGUCGAGUCUGUUCGGCACGAUGCAGGUCAACCUUCCGUUUUGCUGAAUCAGCUGACAGAAGCUUUGCUCGGUGUGGCCACUGGCACAGCUGGAACCCCGACAUCUGCAUUUGGAUUACAGCCAACUCAACAACAAGCUUUGUUGCAGACUCUUAUCAAUCAACAAGCUGGGCAACAACAACAGCUUGCUCAGUUGGGUUCUGCUGCGUCCACCAAGCAGCCUUCUCUUCAGAAUACAUCCGUUUUCGAAACAGGGACUAAGCUACAACAUCCCGUCCGACAGUCAUCAUAUCUAUCAGUUGACCACCACUCGUACCCGUGCGCUAAGUCUGGCCGCCUGUCACAGCUCCCCGUUAAUGAGACAGCGUGGUACGGGAGUGAUGGUUGCUUGGUUUUGGCGUCGAAACGCCGAGCAAUGAACAAAUUCAGACGUCAGUGCGAUACAGCUGCUACACAACAAGCUGUUGGUUCUUCUGCUGGUCCGCGAAACGGAACGGUUCCAGCUCAAGACCCAUGUAUAUGUCGCACGACUACGCAUAAAUUACACAGCCCUAUGAGUCCGCUUGUCAGACUUAAGGCAUCGAUGAGGCGUCAUUCAUCCCUCGAUCCGUCAAUGAGUAUGGGUCACCGUCGUGAUUCCAUUCCUCAAGUCGCCCUAAAUUCCAUGACUUCUAUUCUGUCUCCCCUAUUAACCAACCUCUUUCCGAAACCUAGUCGGAAGCCGUCGGUUCCCGAUCAAAGCGACCGAAAGUUACGCAAGAAAUCCAAGCCCAAACCGCGCUUCAUCCUGCGCAUGACUAAAAUAGAAAAGGAUUCGGAGGGCAGUGAACCAGGUUCAUUUCGUCCCACGUUUUACUUGGAGAUGCCGGACUUGAGUAAUCCGAACAGUGAAGUGUGGAAGUUCAGCUUUCGCUGCAACCUUUCCGAUACACCGGAUGACAUCAAGCUGUUCAAAGGCUCUGGUUACACAGCGACUAACGAAGAGGUGGAAAGAGCUGCCAAGGAAGCUGUCGUCCAGAUGUUAGAAUCAUUGCGUGCGGACGUCAGUUCGGUCAAACUCAAUCAAGAUUACGUCUUCUAUCCUCGUUCACAUUCUUCUACAAACCCGAGCUUCCCUCCUGUUCCGUUGUCUGAACCGUCGUCCAUAGCGUCUUCCCAUGUGGCUGCGGGUCUUCCGGUGACCGCCAAGUCUUCUCAAACGUCUCUGAGUAUACCCAGCUUGACCUCACGUAGUGUGGCUUCGCAGCAGCUGGGUACUGUUCCCCAAGCCACCGCCAUAGUCGCGUCAAGUCCCAAUCCACCAAUUCCUGGUGCGUCGCUGGUGUAUGACACUUCUGCUGCAAUGGCCAACUUGGAAGAAGUCCCACCCAUAGAAAAUACCAGUCACUUUAAUGGAUUACUUGUUCAGAAUCCUCUGGACAGUACAUCAUACGCACGGUCACAUCCUUUUUUGUCGACCAACUUCCUCGCUGGCUUGGCUUCAUCCGAAACAGGACGUGACGAUGAUGAUGAGCUUGGAGAAAUUUCCAGACCUUUAUCCCCUGCCGAGAUAUCAAUCCCACAGCAGCUACAACAGUUUGCCAGUCGUCAGAUCUUGGCGCCUAAUUUUGAUUCUAGCAUUCCAUCAACAUUGCCUCUUGGGAGUGCAGCAACUUCAUAUUUCUCUGCCUCUUCUUGUGGCAGUACUGGUCCUGCAUCAGUUCCUUCUGCUGCUAAACAUGGCGCGUCUUUUCCGGGUACAGCCUCUGCAUCGUUAGACCCAUCAGAGGGUGUUGCUUCACGACAGCCUAUUCUUCCUUUCGGUGCUAGCUAUUUGUCGGAGCUACUUUCCCUGGCGGCUAAACAUAUCGCUCAGCUGUCGUCUUCAGCUAGUGGCACACAGACAAGCCUAGAAGAAGUGACUCCACUGAUCCCUAUGGUGUCCUCUCCAUCAUCAGCAUAUGUACCACCCACUGAAGUACUGGCUGAUGUAGUUACCGCUGAUCCUGUUGAACAUGUUCGUCGAGAGUUACCCUUCGACGCCAAUGCAUUCCUGCUUUCUCACCUGAAUCGUGUUUCGGCUCUCGGGCAGUCUCAGGUAACCACCACUACCGCGAACACCGGACCUGCAGUUACAGAAACUCCGGAACAAGAUUCGUUUGUGACUUUGACAUGCACUAUACCUGCAUCCCUGGAAGCAGUCAUGCGCGAAAUCAUUCACCGUCUUUGUAGUGCUCCUUUGAGGUCUUAUCUUCUGUUUCCAAGUAGAGUCACAGCAUCUGAGGAGGCGGCGCAGCAGACUGUCCUGCGUCUUUUAGAAAUCCCUCAGAACCAUGUAUUUCUUGGUGUUCCCACCUCGGACGACCAGGCAACACCCUUCAGUUUAACGACUUUCAAAACAUCUGGAGAGUCUGCUUUCAUAGUACUUGAGGGUACUCAUGGUGAUGGACGUACGGUUUCAGUUCCCCGUAUCUACCAAACACCCGUCAAUUCAGCUGUGGUUCUUACUCCCAACGGUACAGUGCAUUGUUUGAAUCAAGCUUCUUCAAUUAUUCCAUCGCUUUCUAGCGAGCUUCCCCAGCGCUCAAGCCCUCAAUAUUCGCCCACUGCUGACACUUCUGACAUCACACAGCUAGGCCAUGCUAGCACCGCGGCUGUUCAACCCCGUGAGUUGCUGCCUAACGUGAAUGCGGACACCUUUACGCUGGAUGAUGUGUUGAAUUUACUGUUAGCUCUUCGAAACAGCUCUCAGCAACACCAACGAUCAGCCACCACCUCUCCCACCACAGAAACAUAUUCUGGGGUUAAUCCUGUGGCAGGUAUUGAGGGUCAGCAUAUCCCUUCCACAACUAGUCGCCGGUCGUCCGCCACGGGCUCAGUUCAUGUGACACCUCACGCAAACUUGGGUAAAUCCUUUGCCUCCACUCCUCAGUUCUCACAGCUUCAGCAGUUAUCUCUUGGUCGUCAACAACGCAUUAUCCCUAUCCCACAGCAUCAUCAACUUUCGCAGACUGUGUCGACAAGUAAGCCGCCAUAUCUAGAGCAAGCUGGUAUUCAGUCUUCCCAGCUGAGUAGUGGACGGGUUUCUUCUAUACCAGGCACAGUUCAGGAUGUUCCUGCGGGAGCCAUUUUCGGCACCCAAAUUGCUGGACUGUCCAAAGAUGGGGCUGUAGCUGCGUCUUACCUGACGCAACCCUUUACACAAGCCAAUCUAAUGUCACAACAAUCAUCGGUAACGUCACAGCCAAGGUGGACAACACAUGAACGCGUCUCUGCCACAGCUCCGCCCCCUUCGGGACUGACUAGUGCUACUGUUGUGUCUCACACACUUCAUUCUCAACAACCUGCGUCCUCCUCUACAGAAAUUACGGCAGCAGGUCUUCAGCAGGCUCUCCAGCUGCUUUCAGCGCUCAACGUUACGGGUUCUCCCGAACAAGCCAAUCAGGAUUCAACGGCGACGGAGUCUUCUGUGAGCAGAGUCCACUGUAAAUGCCAAAAUGUGCUUUGCAUAGUUCCAAACCCCGCCCAACUUCCUCCGACUCCACCCCGUCCUGCACGACUGGCACCCCUUACUUCGAGUCCUGCAACUGUCAUAAAUGCACCUAUUGUUGACACCAGUGGAUUCAGCCAUUUGACGUCUUCUGGAUUGCAGGGCAUGGCCACAGCCUCUCCACAAGCUUCAAUUCAGCAGGGUCUGUCUUACUCUUCUGGUCAACAAAUCCGACCCUCUCACUUGCUUACUCAUGCAGAAGGAGGACAUUCCCAACAAGUAUCCGUCAGUCAGCAAAACGUCCAACAGAAGCUUCCUGAUUUGGCUAACUUACUGCGACUGAUACAAUCGCAGCCGGACCCAAAUGCCGUUAAGGAGCUGCUGGCAACUCUGCCCAUCGAAACCCAAAUCCAUCUCCUAUCUGCACUGCAACCACACACUACACGGGUCACCGGUUUGUCCGGUGCUCCGGUCCAACACCCAGUUCAGACCCACCAACCAAGCCUUGCCUCCUCGUUUGCGCCACAACCUGCGGCUUCUAAUCCUACUUCAUGUUUGGCAGUUGGGCUCAGUUCCAUCAAUCCGCCUGCUAUCAUGACCGCUGCCUCCGUUCAACCACCGCGUGAUACGACGGCGGUGCCGUCAGUUGGGGAUGCACUACAGUCGUCCAGCGCCCACCACCCCGUGCCCGCUGCUCCUACCACUGUGGCCAACAAGUUCACCGUGGUCCCAGUAAAAUCGGAAAACGAUGAACCCGCUCCACCUAUACAACCCGUAGCUCCUACAACUUCUCAACCCAGUGCUGCUGGCCCCCAGUGGAAUCAGGCCCCACCUCGACCACCACGACAACGCGCUGGACAAACUGCUCCACCGCCUCCACCACCGGCCACACCCAAUUCCCAGUUAGAAAUAGACCCUACUGGAUUUAGUCCUUUAGUGACACCAGUGGGGCCUCCUGCUUCAGUUACAAGUCAGAUUGCGUCCACACCGGGUCUUGUCACCGUCCUUCCGACAACCAGCGGACUGGGUGUCCCAGUGAAACAAAUACCCCAGAACUACAAGCCUGAUGAUUCACGUAUGGUCGUUCCAUCGAUGGCGAGCAAUGUUCCUGCAAAAAACCUCCCUUCAGUAUCAUCUCGUACUGCAGCUACUGCACAUGCACCUCUGGGAUCCGCCAUUCCGGUUGCCAACACAGGCACCGCUGCUAUCCAGCAAAUACCGGCGUCUUUCGUUCAUGUAUCACAACCACCAUUGGUUCCUACCGCGAGCACAGUAAACCCGACAGUGAGCUCCAACACUUCCACCGGACACGGUCCCUGAUGUUCAGUAUUUGGACCAUGGACAUUGCUUAGCGCCUUAGUCGCUUUGGAAUCGUUUAUCCUACAUCGUCAGUGGUCCACCUACACAAGCUGACCACCACACCGCCCCCUACGUCGGUUUGUGGAAACUCUCCUUCGUUCUGGUGGGAACUCACAGGAUCACUAGUACCGUUUAUGAACUGGAGGGUACUUUUCGAGCUGGUUCAUGAACCUAAUGUUUUAAAUGCCAGAACUUUGGAGAUUCGUGAUAUUCGUCGUUAUCCCGUGCUUCACUACUGUUUGCCUACAAUCUUUCUGACCCGGUGUACCUUCCAAAAUUGGCUCUGUGGUCGUCUGUCGGCUUGUGAACGCUUUGAUUUUUAUUGGAUUACAAUCGUAUUUCAGCAAUUUCUUCAAUGCCUGUUUCAGUGUGUUUCAAUUCACCCAGAACCCUUCCUAGCUAGUUCUGAUUGCCCAACCUCAUCUUUGAUUUUGAGACUAUUUAGUUUUGCGCUCCGUUUCCCGCACCUUUUCAUCUCAUCUGGACCGUAAUCACCACGACAGGUGCAACCGCGCAAUUUGUCAGAAUAGACAAACAAGGCCCGUCACUAUGCCGGGUCAUUUUGUGCCAAAGCUACUCUUGUCUCUAAGACAGAUGCUCUCAUCUCCGACAGGCCUAAUUCGUAUAUGUGUUUGUGUAAUACAUCCCACACCUUUUUUCUUCAGUUUGUUCGUCAUAACGGUUUCACCGAUUAACCGGCAUCUUCUCUCUUAGCUGCUUCCAUUCAGCUAUCUCAAUUUGCUUUCCGGUAAAUUAGUGGGAUUAUUUUUGUUCGAACUUUUCAGAUGCGAGUGACACUCGGUUCUCUAAUCAAUAAUUGGCAUCCGAAAGCACAUGCGGCUCUCAACGAUCUCACCCCGUUACCUGCUUGCGUUUUUGUUUGUACCUUUGUUGCACGUAGACAGUUGUUAUGUUUUCCGAUAUCUUUCGGAAUCUUGGCCAUCUUUCUUCUUUCGCUGCUUCAGUCAUUCCAGGUUGGUUCCGUGUCUGGUGGCUACUGACGAAAUUACCUCAGAAAUUCGUGGCACCGUCAUCGUUUGUCCCUCCGCACUCUUGAUGCCUUCUCGAAAGCAUAUUUGGGCACCAUGGUCCAUCCUGUCCAUGUAAAUAGUCGUUCCCACUCGCCCGUAUCUCCCCGCUUUUUCCAAACUUCCGAAAUGGUGUUCACCCCCCUUAGUUGAACAACUUUCAUCCUAUGGGCAGUUGGUUGACCCAUCCCCUCCCCACCCCGCAGUUACUUGAGUUUGUCCGAACCAAGUAGUAGCUCUCGA